AUGGAAAUCGGAAUAGUGGAUCACGACAUCCCUGACGACAGCCACGACUUCUACGACAUCUACUUCUACUCCGACCGCAUCAACACAAUGGUCACCCACGACCCUUCCCAAGUCUCACGCUGGCUCUCCCACACCCAGAGAAUCCACCGCCAUCGUCUGAACAACCUCAUCGUCGGCCUCGACGUUGAGUGGCGUCCCAGCUUCAGCAAGUACCACAGGAACCCAGUCGCCACUCUCCAGCUCUGCGUGGGCCGCCGUUGCCUCGUCUUCCAAAUCCUCCGCUGUUCCCGCGAGUACAACGAGGACGAGUUCAUUCCCGAGGAUCUCCGAGAUUUUCUCGCCAAGGAGGACUACACUUUCGUCGGAGUUGGGAUCCAGAACGAUGUUCAGAAUCUGGAGGGGGAUUAUGGGCUGGAAGUUAGUGGGAGGAUUGUGGACUUGCGUCGGUUGGCUGCUGGUGAGUAUGAUAGGAAGGAACUGAGAAAUGCUGGGAUGAAAGAGCUGGCUAGAUUGGUGCUUGGGAGAGAAGUUCAGAAGCCCAGAUGGGUGACUAUGGGUAGGUGGGAUAGCCGCUGGUUGAAUCCUGAUCAAGUCCAGUAUGCCUGUGUGGAUGCUUUUGUUUCCUUUGAGAUUGGCAGGCGUUUGGAUGCUGAUGAAUAUGAGGAUUAA